UGCAAACUGGCCACACUGAAACCUACUCACUGCAAAAAAUUGUAGAACAAAUUAAAAACGCAAUAAUAGAACAACCGCAGCAAAAACAGAACUGCAGAGAGCACUUAAUGCUCAAACGAAAGCAAUUAACCGUGUUCAACUUAGAGAAUAGCUUGUGAAAGAGGGUGUAUCUGUGGGGAGAAGUGAGACACCCCUUUGUGUUUGUUUUUUUGUUCGUUAUAAAUUUUGUUUGUUGCUUGGAUUGGAUUACGAUUUGAUGGUAAGGGUGGGGAUACGCGACAGGGGGCUCCCAAGUGAUUUUUCAUAAUAAGCAUCGAGCGGACGGGAAAUUCCAAUCGGCAUUGCGAACAUGUCCCUAAUAGCGUCGUCACUGGUUUUCUACGCUUUUCUCCAGACAGUUAACUGUUACACGGUCAUAAUCACGGCACCCGAACAGGCCCUCUUUGGAUCCUCUAUUAAUGUGACCGCCCAGCUCUACGAUGGCGACAGACCGGCUGCUGGGGACAAACCCUACAAGUUCACUUGGAGCGACAGCGCUGGCCAUAAAAAGGUAAUUGAAACGAACAACGCCAUUAGCAAUUGGACUGUGGUUUACACGCAGGAGCAACCGGUGACGCAUGUCAUCAAAGUCGAAGUGGAGAAGUUCUUCUCCUUUUUUUGGAUACUAGAAGCCCAUGCCCAAAAGGGAAUUAAAUUGGAUAACUUGUUGGGCGGAAGAUUGGAGCUCAUUCAGAACAAUGUAACUCGGCCUCGUGAGUUUGUGUCUACGCAGGAAGCGGUGAAUCAUAGCAUAUCACUUUCUGAUGCUGACUUGGCGUUUCUGCGGUCAAACGGAUACCACAUUCAGACGUAUUGGUUUCAAAACUGCACAUAUCUGGGCAUGUCUGGUGCCUUGUACUAUCAGGCCACAUAUCCGAAAGCUGGACAGUAUUAUGACGUGGAGGCUUUAGUGGUGGCUUCAUUGGAACUGCCUCCGGAGCCCACGCCAUCAACUACGAGGACAACCACAACAACAACUACUACGACUACAACGACAACAACUACCACAACUACAACUCCAGCAACAACAACUACUUCAACAACACCUGCUACAACGACCACUCCAAAAAACACAACAACGACUACAACUACAAAAACCACUACUCCAAAGCCCCCGACUCGAGUUAAACGUGAUUUAAUCCAGGCCAUGCACGCAAAUGCAGCAAUUCUUGGCCUAAACCUCACCAACGCCCUAAAGCAGCAGAACAGUUCAGCUGGAAAUGUGUCCAUAGCACUGGUAAACCCGCUGGGAGUUCAAAGACUGUCCAAACUCAUUGUGGUGCCCGGAAGUAAGCCUCCUUUUGAUUGCGUGAGCAAAAAAUUCGUGGCCCAGGAUCCCAAACAGAUAUAUGGCUACUUCCAGCAUCGCGUUGUGUCCAAGGAUCCCAUCACCGGUUUCGGAACCACUGGCAAGAAUUGGCUGCAACACUGGGAGAUGCUUCAUCUCAAUGUCAACUGCAAGGGAUCGCCGCCGUUUGAGCUAUGCACUCAAGUUUUUACAGCUCCUUACAAUUCCACGGGCAACGAGACGUGCGAUCUCUAUGAACAUAUCGAUAAUUGCUCGUAUAAGUACUUGCGUUAUUUCAGUGAAAGCAAGACGAUUUUGUUCUUCAUACGCAACGAGGUCUCACAAACACUCAACCAGGUCACUAUUAACAUGUAUGAAGCCCAACGGCAAUCUCAGCUUUCGGUCGUUGUUGUGCCCGUCACAUGCACAUUGGUAGCAGUAAUUCUAGUAAUUUUCGGUGUUGCCUAUUAUAUCCAGCGGGGAAAUCGCUUCAAUGUCGAAGUCGCCGACUUCAACUUCGGUGAUACUCAGUCGGUGGACAUGGAGUACAAGACAUUCCCGCAGCGCCUAAUUGACAGUAUCCGCGACGCCUGGACGUGGCCAGGUCAGCGGCGGCACUCGCAGUCCAGCGCUGAUCUCAUGGCAGACCAAGACCAACCGCCUAGUCCAGGAUUUGGAGGCAAUGUUGGCGAUGUAGAUAGCAACCUGCGCUAUAACACUUUCAACUAGAUCCUGAAGAGGUUCGGUUGGUCUGUGGUUACCUAUGCAAAUUAACCAUUUUAAUUUAAUUUCGGCGCCUAAGUUAUGAAAACCCUGCAUCCAUUUCCCUCCAAAUUUUGUGAUCUAUGAAUUUGUGCCGUUUUAAACCUAAAUAUUGGUUUAAAAUUCUGGGCAGUUCCUAGAAAAUUUGACCGGGCACUCGAUAGCGGGAUCAGGUGUGAUAAUUAUUUGUUAUUAUUUGUAUGUGCACACUUAUGUGCUUUAGUCAUUUUCUUGUUGUACGUCAGCACCUUGGGGAAUACACCCAAAUGUACAUGAAUAGAGAUGAAAGAAUCUUUUUUUGUUUUCCCUACUUUAUCUCUCUCUGCGUUAACAUUGUAAUCAUCUUUUUCCAACAUCUACGCACACACUUGCUCAUCAAUGGCCAAAUGUCGAGUUACAAGCAACCAUUUAAAAUCGCAAUACCUGGUGUGCAGCAGUGUUCGGGAAUGCAGCUGUAAGCCCUUUGGAUAUUGUUAAAGACUGUCUUUGUUCUAAAAGCAAAAAGAAAUCUGGUUAAAUUUACACAUAACUUAUGCGUGGAAAAUUGUUUGUGACGAGUUAACUGCUAGCAUAAGUCAAUUUGAUUGUUUCCAUUGUAUCGUGAUCCAAAUUCUUUGACAAAGACAAGCGCAUCUCACACUAAAACACGCGACACAAAUAUUCAUUGUGAUAGAUAUAGAAAAAACAGUAUGUACGUUUAACUAAAACGAAAAGUUUGAAGAAAACCCAUAUACUUAUAAAGCUAAAA